AUGAUGUGCGAGGUGAUGCCCACCAUCAGCGAGGCCGAGGGUCCCGCGGGCGGCGGCGGCGGCGGCGGCGGCGGCGGCCGGGGCUCGGGGUCCCCCCCGCAGGACGCGGACUCGCACCUGGAGCAGCUGAUGGUGUCGAUGCUGGAGGAGCGCGAGCGGCUGCUGGACACGCUGCGGGACACGCAGGACGCGCUGGCGCUGGCGCAGGGCCGGGCGCAGGAGCUGGGCCGCGAGCGCGACUCUCUGCAGCGCCAGCUCAGCACCGCGCUGCCGCAGGAGUUCGCGGCGCUGACCAAGGAGCUGAGCGUGUGCCGGGAGCAGCUGCUGGAGCGCGAGGAGGAGAUCGCCGAGCUGAAGGCUGAGCGCAGCAACACCAGGCUGCUGCUGGAGCACCUGGAGUGCCUGGUGUCCCGCCACGAGCGCUCCCUGCGGAUGACGGUGGUCAAGCGGCAGACGCAGUCGCCCGCGGGCGUGUCGAGCGAGGUGGAGGUGCUGAAGGCGCUCAAGUCACUGUUCGAGCACCACAAGGCCCUGGACGAGAAGGUGAGGGAGCGGCUGCGCGUAGCCCUGGAGAGGUGCAGCCUGCUGGAGGAGGAGCUGGGGGCCACCCACAAGGAGCUGAUGGUCCUCAAAGAGCAGAAUAACCAGAAAAAGCCUCCGACGGACGGGCCGCUGGACGCAGGCCACGAGCACACCGGCACGCCUGCCCCAGACGGAAAGAGGGCCUCCGACGGCUCCCUCGGUCGCGAGGAGGACCUGGCCAAGGUCCUGGAGCUGCAGGAGGUCAUCGACGGGCAGGUGCGGGAGCAGAGCCAGAUGAAGGAGCGCCUGGCCGUCCUGUCCGGCCGCGUGGCCGAGCUGGAGGAGGACCUGGACACCGCCAGGAAAGACCUCAUCAGGUCUGAGGACGCCAACACCAGGCUGCAGCGGGACGUGCGGGAGGCCGUGGCCCAGAAGGAGGACAUGGAGGAGAGGAUCACCACCCUGGAGAAGCGCUACCUGGCCGCACAGCGCGAGGCCACCUCUGUGCACGACGCCAACGACAAGCUGGAGAGCGAGAUCGCCAACAGAGAUGCGGAGCUGCGGCAGACGGAGGACAGGAACCGGCAGCUGCAGGAGCGGCUGGAGCUGGCGGAGCAGAGGCUGCAGCAGACGCUGCGGAAGGCGGAGACGCUGCCCGAGGUGGAGGCCGAGCUGGCGCAGAGGGUGGCCGCGCUCUCUAAGGCUGAGGAGCGGCACGGCGACACUGAGGAGCAGCUGCGGCAGCUGGAGGCGCAGCUGGAGGAGAAGCACCAGGAGCUGCAACGGGCCCGGCAGAGGGAGAAGAUGAACGAGGAGCACAACAAGCGGCUGUCGGACACGGUGGACAGGCUGCUGUCCGAGUCCAGCGAGCGGCUGCAGCUGCACCUGAAGGAGAGGAUGGCCGCCCUGGAGGACAAGAACUCUCUGUUGCGGGAGGUGGAGAACACCAGGCAGCAGCUGGAGGCGACACGGCAGGACAAGGAGCAGCUUGUGCAGAGCCUCGAAGUCCUGCGGGCUGAGCUGGAUCAGAUGCGGCUCCGAGGCCCCGAGCUCCACCACGGCCGACCCCACCUGGGCAGCGUCCCCGACUUUAGGUUCCCCGUGGCCGACGGCCCUUCGGACUCCUUUGGCGGUGGGGUGCUGAGGCGUCCCCAGAAAGGCCGGCUGGCCGCACUGCGCGACGAACCCUGCAAGGUGCAGACGCUGGAUGAACAGGACUGGGAGCGUGCCCAGCAGGCCAGCGUGCUGGCCAACGUGGCCCAGGCGUUCGAGAGCGACGCGGACAUGUCGGACGAGGAUGAGCGGGCCGGCCUGCUGGGUCCGGCUGGGCUCCUGUCGCCCAGCGGGCAGGCCGACGCCCAGACGCUGGCGCUCAUGCUGCAGGAGCAGCUGGACGCCAUCAACAAGGAGAUCAGGCUGAUCCAGGAGGAGAAGGAGAACACGGAGCAGCGGGCGGAGGAGAUUGAGAGCCGCGUGGGCAGCGGCGGCCUGGACGGCCUCGGCCACUUCAGGUCCAUGAGCUCCAUCCCGCCCCACCCCGCCGCCGCCUCCUCUCCGCCCACCAGCGGCCGCUCCACGCCCCGCAGGAUCCCGCACAGCCCGGCCCGGGAGGUGGACAGGCUGGGGGUCAUGACGCUGCCUAGUGACUUAAGGAAGCACCGCAGAAAGCUGCCCGGGUCCCGCGAGGACACGCGAGACGACAAGACAACAAUCAGGUGCGAGACGUCGCCACCCCCGUCCCCACGGUCACCGCGGCUGCACAAGGGCGCUCCGCACACGGUCAGCCACGAGGACGUCCAGGACCUGAGGAACUCCACAGGCUCGCAGGACGGCCCGGUGAGCAACCCCAGCAGCAGCAGCAGCAGCCAGGACUCGCUGCACAAGGCGCCCCGCAGGAAGGGCCUCAAGUCCUCCAUCGGCCGGCUCUUCAGCAAGAAAGAGAAGGGCCGGCCUGGGCCCGCGGGCAGGGAGCCCCUCGGCCAAGCUGGCGCCUCCGAAGCAGAAGGCUCCGCGCAGGACGCCCCGGCCCUCGGCAAGCUGGGCGCGCAGGCCGAGAAGACGCGGAAGCUCCAGAAAAAACACGAGCUGCUGGAGGAGGCCCGCCGCCAAGGCCUGCCCUUCGCCCAGUGGGACGGGCCCACGGUGGUCGUGUGGCUGGAGCUCUGGGUGGGCAUGCCGGCCUGGUACGUGGCCGCCUGCCGGGCCAACGUCAAGAGUGGCGCCAUCAUGUCCGCGCUGUCGGACACGGAGAUCCAGCGCGAGAUCGGCAUCAGCAACCCGCUGCACCGGCUCAAGCUGCGGCUGGCCAUCCAGGAGAUCAUGUCGCUCACCAGCCCCUCCGCGCCGCCCACCUCCCGCACGAGCUCGGGAACCGUCUGGCUGACGCACGAGGAGAUGGAGACGCUCACGGCCGCGCCCCAGACGACAAGGAGCAAAGCCACUGGCGGCUCAGCCUCCGAGAGCGCCGCCCCUCACGCCCACUCUCGGCCGCAGACGCUGGCCUACGGGGACAUGAACCACGAGUGGGUCGGCAACGACUGGCUGCCCAGCCUGGGGCUGGCCCAGUACCGCAGCCACUUCAUGGAGUGCCUGGUGGACGCCCGCAUGCUGGACCACCUGACCAAGAAGGACCUGCGCGGCCAGCUCAAGAUGGUGGACAGCUUCCACCGAAACAGUUUCCAGUGCGGGAUCAUGUGCCUCCGAAGGCUCAACUACGACCGCAAAGAGCUGGAGAGGAAGCGAGAGGCGGAACAGGACGACAUCAAAGACGUGCUGGUGUGGAGCAACGAGCGCGUGAUGCGCUGGGUCCUGUCCAUCGGCCUCAAGGAGUACGCGGGCAACCUGGCCGAGAGCGGCGUGCACGGCGCCCUCAUCGCGCUGGACGAGACCUUCGACUUCCACGCGCUGGCCCUGCUGCUGCAGAUCCCCACGCAGAACACGCAGGCGCGUGCCGUCUUGGAAAGAGAGUUUAACCACCUUCUGGUCUCGGGCACCGACAGGAGGUUCGAGGAGGAUGACGACAAGGGCUUUCGGAGGGCGCCGUCCUGGAGGAAGAAGCUGAGGCCCAAGGACAUGCGGGGCCUGGCAGCCGGCUCAGCAGAGACCCUCCCCCCAAACUUCCGCGUCACCGCAUCUCUGCCCUCGCCCUCCACUCGGCCCAAGAAGGUGCAGCCGGACGGCGCUGUGGUGGGCGCGCAGAGGCUGGACGCGGCCGCGGUCAGGACAUACUCCUGCUGAAGCCGGACACCCGCACUACCUGUACAGGUGACCCUGCGCCCAGUGCACCCACGGCCCCGCGGACGGAUCCUCGUGACACGGACCUGAGAGAUUUUAUGACAGAGUUUUUAAUCAGUGAGAGAUCCACGAAUAUCAUAGAGAAAAUAUUUUAGAGCCUAACGUUUCUUAUAUUUAUGUGAACCUACCACUUGACUCCGGUGCCCUCCCUGCGCCCGCGUCCGCUCCGUGUCCAUGGCGACGGGUGGCGGGACCCGGCACGUGACGUGCAGAUGCUGAUCGCGGCCGGCAGGGGAGCCCCUCGGCCAGGUGCUGACUCCGGGGCACCCGCCCUCUCCUCCCCGGGAAGUGGGGUCCAGGCGCCCCCUGCAGACCCCCAGGACCAAGCGCGGAGCGCCUGUCGCUCAGUCCAGGCCUUACUUUUCUUACUUACGUGAGCUGUCUUUCUACGUGUCCGUACUCCUGUCUGAAGGCUGCGCCGACCGGCGUCCUUCUAGGUCCCGGCCUGGCGCCGCCCCUCGGCUCCCCUGGGGGGGGUGGCAGCAGGGGCGGCGGGUGUCACUGUCUGUCAGGUGUCUGGCGGGACCCACCCUCGUCCCUGUGUGACCACCCCACGUCACCUUUCUGUUUUUCUAUUAAUCUUUUUGUGAACUCGCAGAUUAUGUAACAAAGUAUGUACAGUCUACUUUUGAACUAUUUUUAUCACAGUAUUUAUUGCUUUCUUUCAAUAAAGGACUGAAGUCUU